AUGGGCGACCAGAAAGUCGCAUACGAGCACCUCCCUAUCCCUACAUAUGAAGAAGCAACCUCCUCCCGCCCUUCCUCCUCCCAGUCCAGACUCGGCCCUCACGAGACGAGCGACGACGCCGAAAGGCAGGGCCUCCUACAUCAUGACGCGGCAGGUGAACGCAGCCAGCCGUUUAGAGGGUACCGGCCCCCGACUGUCGAGUCGGAGAGAUCGAGCCUCGACUUCCUCUCGGAGAAUGGGAGCUCGGCCCGUGGGUCGACGGAGCAGCUGCGGAGAGAGCUAGAGGAGAUGGAAGUUGAGGAUCCUCCUGCCGCCUCCUCGUCUCGGUCUCUCUUCUCAAAACGGUUUACAAACUUCAAACGGACGCUGUCAUCUAUAAACCUGCCGCUACGGAAGUACAUUCCCUCCUUCAAUUUACCGACCUUCAACUUCCGGAUAGAUAUAUGUGCUGGCAUAGGGCAUCAGCAGAGAUGCAUCAUCUUACUCAGGGUCUUUGCCGUGUGCCUGGUCGGGUCUCUAGUCUACCUGCUAUUCGUCUCAAAUUUCUUCUCGUUCAGCAACAGGAUAAACCAGGGCCAGAUAUAUCAGCCGGAAUCUGUCCGCGUGUUCCUCGAGAAUAACAUAAACGAAACCACCAUCAGACAGAACCUCGAGCGGGCUACCAACUUUCCACAUAUUGCAGGAACGGAAGGAAAUUAUGUGCUCGCCAAAUGGGUGGAAGACAGCUUCAAGUCGUUCGGGCUGGAGAGCGUGGAGCUGGAACAGUUCAACGUCUAUCUCAACUACCCCAAGAAAGCUGGACGGAGAGUUGCCAUCGUUGAUCCUCCGGGCAAACACUGGGAGGCACAAAUAGAAGAGGAUAAAGUAUACACGGAUCCACCGAGGGAGCAGACUAUGGUGUUUCACGGACUCUCCAAGGCUGGAAACGUAACAGGACCGCUUGUCUACGCAAACUACGGCUCUAGGGAUGAGUUUAAAAAGCUCACGGAAAUGGGCAUCAACGUCAAAGGAUCGAUCGUUCUGGUCAGGCACUACGGAACACAGCCAGACGUGGCCUUGAAGGUAAAGGCCGCCGAGUUGGCCGGUGCCGUUGGAUGUAUCGUCUAUUCCGAUCCAGCUCAGGAUGGCUUCCGGAAAGGGGAUCCCUGGCCAAAAGGAAGAUAUAUGCCAAAGGAUGGGGUUCAACGGGGUGCUGUGGGACAUAUCUCUUUGGCUGCGGGUGAUGCACUAAGUCCAGGAUUUGCUUCUCGGGCAGACGAAAAGAAACGACUAGAUAUUUCCGGUGCUCCAGGUCUCCCGCAGAUUCCAAGUAUUCCCCUCUCCUGGGGUGAUGCGCAACAUCUCUUACAGGCUCUCAAGGGCCAUGGCAAAAAGGUACCCAACGACUGGGUAGGAGGUGUUCCAGACAUUGAUGAGUGGUGGACUGGAAACGCGGAUGCUCCCAAGGUUAACCUAGUGAACCUACAAGACGAGGUAGAGCGACAGCCUAUUUACAACGUCAUUGGAAGGAUAGCGGGCGUCGAGCAGUCCAAGAGCAGCAUCAUUCUCGGCAAUCAUCGCGAUGCUUGGUGUUUUGGAGCGAUAGACCCUGGCAGCGGAACUGCGGUCCUCCUAGAAGUCGCUCGUGUGUUCGGUGAGCUCAGAGCUCGUGGGUGGAGACCACUGCGGACCAUCGAAUUCAUCAGCUGGGAUGCUGCCGAAUACAGCUUUACCGGUUCAACGGAACACGUUGAGGACAGGGUCGAACUUCUAAGGGCUAAUGCUUUCGCCUAUCUUAACGUGGGUGUUGCUGUCUCCGGUGAUAAAUUCGGUGCAACGGGAUCCCCCUUGUUUGAGCCGAUCCUCCUUCACAUAUUGAACCGGGUAGCAGACCCAAAGACAAGGGCCAGUAUACGGUCUUUAUGGGAUCAGGCUGGAUCCAAGCUUGAAGGGCCCGCGGCAGAUAGCGAUGCUCUGCCAUUCCAGACCAUCGCUGGGACAUCUAGUAUAAACCUGAGAUUCAGUGGUGACCCUUAUCCUGCCCAUAGUUGCUACAGCAACUUUGAUUGGAUGCACAAAGCUGGCGACCACGACUUCUUAUAUCAUCGGGCCAUGGGCCAGAUAUGGGGUCUACUCGCUUUAGAACUAUCCAGUCGACCCAUCUUCCCCUUCGAUGUGAAUGUCUUUUCAAAAUCUCUCGCUAAAUACGUACUCGACUUACACAAUUACGCCAAAAAGAUAUCUGUACCCCUGAAACCGGUCCAAGGCCAAAGCGGAGACGAUAACAAGCAAUCCCCUAACGGCGUCGUUGACCUCACGCCUUUAUAUGAUGCGACAAAGGCACUCAACUUUGAGGCCAUCAAAUUCCACCGGUGGGAAGCUAACUGGAACGCAACCCUGUAUGACCAAAACGGGUUCGAGGACGACGUAACGGCUCUCCGACGCAUGAGCCAUAACAGCCACAUGACAUAUUUCGAGACUAACCUUUUGGACCUCGACGAUGACGGAGGCGUCCCCAACCGCACCCAAUAUAAACAUAUGAUAUACUCUCCUCAACUAUGGCCGGAAAAGCCCGAGGAUGCAACUUACUUCCCCGCCAUCAGAGAUGCGAUGGAUUCAGGAGACUGGACACAGACACAAGUAUGGAUCGAGAAGGUCUCGAAAAUAAUCAACAACGCAGCAAUCAGGUUAAACCUCUAA